AUGCUCAGAGGUAACCCGGGAUCCUUCGAUGCUGUUGUUGCUAAAUCGAGCGGCCCUAUGUUGGAGGAGGGUCGCUCUAGUCAGCAGGUCUAUGCCUAUCUGCUGUUCUCUAUUGGAGCCACCUUAAUCCUAGCGAGCCUCAAGGCCUUCAUGAGAGACCCCUGUGAGCAAGGUGCGCCGUGUGUCUAUUCAGCAUGGCAGUUCCCAAACGGUUAUUCCUCUAUGGAGAAGCCCGAUGAGGCCCAUGGUGCGCCGCAGGUACAGCAUUGCCACCCUUCUCCUCCUCUGCCUCUCCCUCCUCUGACGGCUCGGGGUCGGACUCCUCAAGUCGCCCUUGAGCAAGUCGACUAUCCCAUGCUCACCUACCGAGGGGUCAGUGAGCAGGUGUCUGUCCCACGUUCGGGCAGUGAGAAUGUGAGCGAUUAUAGCGCCUGCCGUUUUUCCCCACCAAAACCGUAUCCUGUUUUUACUGUCUACAAGCCAGCGGUAACGAGACGGACUGCGAGUAUAGGAGGCAUUGGCUUGAACAAGGUCAAGUUUCUGGGAGCUUGUCUAGAGCUGCCGCACCUUUGCCUCGUAACGGAGUACAUGCCUGGAGGAAACCUCCACCAACUCCUACAUGUGAGGAAGGUUCGACUGAGUCGAGAGCAACGGCUCAAAAUGACAGUACAACUGACUGGUGCAGUGGCAUAUCUUCAUGCCCAGAAGCCGGUCAUCGUCCAUAGAGACCUCAAGACUAUGAAUGUGGUCUUGGAUCGUGAUAUGAACACGAAGCUCUGCGACUUCGGCCUGACGGAGCCGAUGGAGUUCAGUCAUAUCACGCGGAAAAGCAACGGGGGCUCUCCUCGGUACAUGGCGCCGGAACUCUUUGAUGAACGUCUCAAGGUUGGCGCUGCUGACUGCAGCAGUAGCGUCCGAGGCUGUGCUUAG